UGAGUGAUUAUUUUUUUUCUCAUUACUUCUUGUAAAAAUUUUGUACUCCGGUAAUAAAGCUUUCACAAAAGUUAACAGUUAUAUGGCUGUCAGUUUUUUUUCGGAAAUUCUAUUUUAUUUCAUUUUAUAAUUUAUUUGAGACGUAAUUAGAAACAAAAUUUCUAGAAGUCAAUUUAAGUACUGUCCAGCCUUAAAAAAUAUUCAUUUCUUAAAAUAUGGAUAACCUUACUUUAGAUCUAAACAGUGUUGACCAUAAAACAGUUGAAAAUUUUUUAAAUAAAGGAUUAGAUAUUGAUUGUUGUGGAAUAUAUAAAAAACUUUGUCAUUCACCUCUGAUGGCUGCUGUCAAGGAAAACAAUGUUGAGUUGGUGAAAUUUAUUUUAAGUAGAGGCGCCGAUCCAAACAAAUUAAUUCCAUGUCACGCUACAUAUGCUAUGACUGCUUUACAUGCAGCUAUUUUUACGGAGAAUAUUGAUAUAAAAAUUAUUCAAUAUCUACUUGAUUAUGGUGUUGAUGUGAAUUAUCCCGCUAUUGAUAGAGAAAAAGGACAUGAAGUAUACUCGUCACCUUUGCAGUACGCGGUACACAGUCAAGAUGAAAAAAUAGUCAGUUUGCUUUUGAGUAAAAAUGCAGACGUUAAUUUUAAGUCUAAAAAUGAUGGUACAGCACUUCACAUUGCUUGUAGUAAUGAAAUUUCAAAUAUUGUUCGCUAUCUAUUAGAAUAUGGAGCUGAUGUCGAUGUUGUAUCUGAUGACAACUUAACAAAAGGUCAAACGCCUCUAUUUGUAGCUAUUUCUUGGAAUCAAACAGAAGCAGUAAAACUACUAUUAGAUAAUGAUGCUAACAUCAAUAUUACAAACUUUAAUGGUAAAUCUGUGCUAAAGUUACUAAAUGAAAAUACCGAUGAAAAAAUUAAUGUGAUGGUAAAGCAGCAUGUAGUUAAAUUAAUGGCUGCAAAUUAUUAUGUAGAUACAAAUAUUUCACAAGAAGUUGUGAACGACAAUACUUUAAUCGAUUUUCAUAAUAUAUGUAUCAAUGAAAUAGACAAAAUGAAAAGAGAAAAAAUUUAUGGAACGAGCGUUGUGUAUCAUCAUAUCAUGAUUAAGAGUAUUCAUAAAUUAUCCCUAUUUGCAAAAAACGAAAGAAUCAAAUCAGGGCUUUCAGAUCCUGUGAAACUUGAAAAUAUUUUUCCUCAUUAUGCCUUUAUAUUAAUCAAUCGUUUUAAAAAAGGACUUGAAAGAAGAAAAUUAUUAGAUAAAGCUGAAAAAUUUAUUUUUGAUUUUUUCAUGAAUGAACUUCCCAAUACUUUUAUCAGACAAUUAUUUUUUUAUUUUAGUAAUAGAGAUUUAGAAAUACUUAGUAUAGUGUAACUGUUGUACAGACAUAUUUGAUAAAUAAAAAUUUUAUUAUUACAGUCAAAAAAAA